AUGGGUAUUCCAAUUAAUGAGGAACAUUUUCUGAUACUUAAUUUUGCAGAUGAUCAAGCAGUAUUUGCUCAAGAUUCCUUUGACAUGGAGUUUAUGCUCAGGAGACUAUAUACUCAGUAUCGGGAAUGGGGUCUAGAAGUCAGUUUAGAAAAAACAGAAUAUUUGGUAUUAAAUUCCGACGCCAAAUUUGAUAUUCUAAUUGACGACAAGGCAGAAAUACAACAGGUAGACACAUUCAAAUAUGUAGGAGCUAUAGUUGAUAAAAAUGGAAUCGGUGGGAUAGAGAUAAAACAGAGAAUUCAGAACGCGAGGAGAGUCUACCACUCUCCACUUAACUCAAUCUGGUGGGACAAACAUAUUAAUAUAAAGCAUAAAAAACAUAUUGGCCAAACAAUGGUAGAAUCUGUCUUAUGCUAUGGGAGUAUGAUAUGGGCCCUAAGAGAAGAAGAUAAACGGAGAAUAAUGGCUGUAGAGAUGGAUUACUUACGUAGAAGCGCUAGAGUGUCCAGAUUACAAAGAGUGAGAAACGAGGAAAUCAAAAACAGAACAUCGGCACAAGAAACAGUAAUUCAACGAAUAAAGAAAAGAGGUUUGAGAUGGUUUGGUCAUCUAAUGAGGAUGGAGGACACAAGAUGGCCAAAACGUGUAUUCAAAUAG